GUGAGUUUCACCCACACAAGUCGCCUAUCCUACAGAGCCGCCUGUACGUACAGCCGACCAGCUCACCAUCCCGUUUCCCUGUGAACGAAGUGUAGGCUUGGCAGAUGAACUGCAGACGGCGACUAUCCCCACGAACAAGCAUUAAGACAUUUCUGCACAGUGUUGUGAAGACUGUUCAAAGGUCCAUUCGUCUUGUCCCGAAGACGACGGUGUGCUCGUGCACCAAGACAUAAAACGAGGCACACACGGACUGAUGCUGCAGCAAAAUCGCGGUCCAAAGAGUUGCCACCGACGCUGCCAGGUUUCUCUCGCCGACAGCUCCUGGAAUGUUUUAUCCGUAAAACCCGACUGUCAAGCCUCGGAAAACUGCUCUUAUGAACACUGCCCGCGCCUUUACAGCCGUCAUUUUGCCGGACAGUCCUCAAAAUGACUCAAAGUACUUCAGCUGACACCGUUGUUUUGCCUCGAGACUCAAACCAGGCUCUUGGCAUUGGGCAGUACGCCAUCGACUUCCUAGGUGGAAAGUACGGAGAUAAUGUCAGCGAGAAAAUCUACGAGAGAGUUCGUUUGUUUCACACGGACAGCGUCCUCUCUGGAGUAUCCGCGUUAGCGCUCAAAACAAAUGCACCAACAAUUUUGAGGGAUGAGGCUAUGGAUUAUCCUUGCACAUCCGGCGCGCGCGUCUUUGGCACUCUGACAAGGUCACAGCCCGAAAAGGUCGUGGCAGCGAACUGCGCAGCCGUGCGCGAGUGGGACAGCAACGGCACUGUCUUUGGAUUCAAUCCAAAACUGAAGGGACACCAAGCAGGCGAAUUCGGCCACAACGACUUCUACCCAGUCGUCAUAGCCGCUGCCCAGGCUGGAGCCCGACAUGUCGAUGGCAGGAAGGCCCUCCGGGCUAUGCUUUGUCUGGACGAGAUCCGCGGGCGCCUCGCAGAGGUUUUCAGCCUCAAAACGUUCAAAAUCGACCACGUGGUUUUUGGAGCCGUUGCCUCUGCCGCAGUCUAUGGUGCCCUUCUAGGGGCGUCAGCUGAACAAAUUGAAUCUGCCAUCGGCAUGUGUGUCGCUCAUUACAUUCCCUGGCGAGCCAUCCGAGCAGGGAAGCAGCUGAGCGACUCAAAGGGUAGCUCCGCUGCUCUCGCGGCUGAGGCUGCCGUUCUGAGCAUGCGCCGAGCCAUGAAGGGCUUUGUAGGACCUCGAGAUAUCUUCCGGAAUCCAGAGGCCCUCUUUAGAUGGAAUGUGAAAACCGAAGGAGACUCGCCUUUCGAUCUUGUCCUCACCCACUCUGGAGAAGAGUUUGCCGUUGCAAGAAUGCAUUUCAAGCUCGGACUGUAUGAACAUCAAUCAGCAGGGGCGCUCGAGGGCCUGCUUCGCUUGCUGGCUGCGAACCCCGUUAUUUAUCGCGACCCAAAUCGAAUCCAGUCGAUCACAAUAACGGCGUACGAGCCCGCGUUCAGCAUUAUUGGAGACCCAGCCAAGCGCGACCCUCGGACUCGGCAGUCUGCUGACCAUUCCAUGGUGUACAUUAUCUCGACAGUUUUGAGGAAAGCAGUUGAGGCCCGCGAGGUUCCCUCGGAUGUGUGCGAUGCCUGGUGUGCUCUGAUGCUCACGCCAUACGACUACAGUGAAAAGUCCAUCUUCAAUCCAACCACAAGAGCAUUCAUGACCAAGACACAGUUCAAGCAUGGCGGCGCAGAGUACGAUGCCAAAUAUCCUGAGGGCAUCCCGUCGAGAGUGAGCAUCGCGUUGAGUGACGGGACUACGCUGGACAGCUCGCGGAUUGUAUUCCCUACUGGGCAUGCGUCAAAUACCGAGUCGGACCUCUUGAAGGUUCUCCGCUAUAAAUUUCAAAUGAUGUCGGAGAUCGCGCUACGGAAAGAAGAGGCGCAGGCUUUUAUCGCUAAGCUUGAGAGCAUCGUCACCCUGAGCAAUGAUGACCUCCAAACUCUCUACUUCUACAAGGAGUUAAAUGAGCUUCCGCCAAUUGAGUAAACCACACGCGCGGGCUGGGCAGCCGCGUGGCUCUCAAGUGUAUGUACUCCUGAGUAGUCCCUGAUGUGGGAGUUUUUGAAAGGCUACCACAGAUGGCAACUCACUUUCAAGAUUUUCCCUUUCGCGCUUUGUACAUCGUGAGAAGCUCGGUGGUUUUCUCCUCCAUUCCUUGAACGGCAAACUUCGUGUGGAAAUCGUUAGACUGUACAGAUAGUCGAGUUUCGCUCUUUUCGCGUCACACGGAGGCGCUUUUUGUGUCUUACCGUGGAGCUUCCUCAACUAUCGAAUCUCAUCGGCGGUUCCGGGGAGAGACGUAGAGCAAGAGCAGAACAGGAAGCCGACGACUACAAAAUCUACACACGUUAUUGGUAUUACACUGAUGUAAUUAUCGUACAUGCACUUCGAAACGGGAAACGCCAGUUCCUAUUUCUAUCUGGCUACAAGUGGCAUUCCUGUCGCGCAAUCGUGUUCAUUUUUAAGUCAGGCAAUACGUACCUCUGUGCACAGUUCCAAGCAAACCUUCUUGUUAUGUUCUAUGCCGUUUACGCGCGCAUAUCCGUCGGUACUCAUAUCGUGGCUCGGUAAAUCCUUGUUUGUGAAGAACGUCUAAGGGAUAGUUUGUCUUAAUUAGUUUGCUGCAUCCGCGACAUUCGCGCGUGUAUAGUGACAAACCUGUUGAUUGGUUUAUUCGUAUUAGUUACGCAUGCAGGCAGGUUUGUGCGCCUGCGUGACGUAAUAUUGUGUUCAGCCUAGCUGUACAGGGACGGUAAGCCUCGCCGGUUCAUGUUUGUCCAUUGUAGUCACCAUCGUACUGGGAGUAAUCAUCCCUGAGACAUGAUGAUUUAUAAGCUUUUUCUGGGGAGUAUAUCCUGUGCGUUCGACUAUUGGCUUAGAUCUUGGAGGUCGUUGUUUGCCGGAUCCGCCGUCUACGGUACUAGUCCACGCGCUCUGGUUGACGAAAAACAGAAAGACA